CGAAAAUUUCGACAAUUUGUCCAAAAAGGACACACACACACUUAGCCAUUGUGUCAGCAGAAAGACUAACCACAGCCGUUGUCCAAUAAAGCCAUGUCCGAAGAACAGGAGUUCAGAGUCCAGAGACGUUUCAUCAAGUCUCCUGAUACGAAGAGCAGGGACGAGGCAAUCGCAAAGAUCAAUGCCGAGAUCAAGCAGAAGGAUGCUGAGUUGGCCCAGAUCAAGUCCCAGUUGGCCAACGCGGUCACCGACCCAAAGGUUUCCAAUGAGCGUAAGGCACUGCUGGACGAGCUCAAGGAGCUGAGAAAGACCCAGGGCGACCUGAAAGGUAGACGUACCGUCAUCUCUACAAGAAUUAGAGAGAUUGACAGCGGCCUGAAGAGAAAGAUCUCUGAGGUUCAAGCUGUCACCUCAAAGUACAACUUCAAGAGUGCUGCCGACGUUGAUUCUCGUAUCGAGUCACACGAGGAUGAGAUUGCCACUGGCCACUUGUCCCUUGUUGAAGAGAGAAGAUUGGUGAAGGAGAUCUCCAACCUGAGAAAGGUUCGUAAGGAUUUCUCCAGUUUAUCAGCCCAGCAGGAGUCCAUCGACGCCGAUAAGGCCAAGAUUGCCGAGUUGAAGAAGGAGCUGUCCACCAUCAACUCCCGUGAGAUCUCAGAGAAGUUUGAGUCCGUUCAGAAGAAAUUGGAUGAGUUGUCUGUCUCGAACAAGUCCGUCAAUGAAAAACGUGAUGCCCUGUACAAGAAGCGUAACGCAUUGCACGCUGAUAAGGAUACCCUCUACGCCUCUCUUAAGAAGACCCGUGACGACUUUGACAAGCAGUUCAAGGCAUUCAAGAAGGCUCUUGCUGACGAGCGUCAACGUGUUGCAAAUGAGGAGGCCAAGUUCAAGACUGAAAGGGCCAAGUCUGAGCGUAAGGCCAAAUUGGACAAAGAAUUGGCUGAGGCUUCAAGACCAGCCUUCACCUAUGAAAUCGACACAAUCCACGCCCUCUUGACAUACUUUGAUCCAACUUAUGUCAAGCCGGAGGAGGAGUUUGGUUUCAACUCAACUAACGGUGCAAAGAAGGCCACCCCAGCUGUUGAUGCUCAUACACAGGACUACGUUGUGAUCAAGAAGGAGAACGACGUGUUCCUUGCUGGUACCAAGACCGGUAAGAAGCACAAGAAGUCGUCUCAAAAGAAGUUCACACUGGAACCAGAUGUUAUUUCUCAGUUGGGCGAUUUGGACCUUGGAUUGCCAACUUCAAAGGACGACGUUCCAAAGAUCAUUGAGGACUUGAAGACCAAGCUAGACAAGUACUCCUCUGCCCAAAAGGAAACCACUGAAAAGAACAUUGAAGCUGCGAAGGCAAAGAUCGCUCAAUGGGAGGCCAAAUGGGCCGAAGAAGAUGCUGCAGAGGCUGCAAAGGCUGAAGCUGAUAAGGAGAAUGUUCCUGAAGAGGAGAAUGUCUCUAAAACUGAAGAGUAAAGACCUAAGCAUGGCCCCUCCAUUCCUUACAGAACUUCAUCCACCGAAAAUAACUAUGUAGAAACCAAUUAUUUAGUUUCCAAUAUUGAAACACAUGUAUAUGGUGAUAAUAUAUAUCAACAGCUAAUAAUCUGUGUCAUACU